UUGUAUCGUUGGUAUCGAUAGAAAUUCCUUUUUUCUGUUGCGAUGGGUUUUCAAUAUGCUUCGUUUACACCACAGCACAAACAGAACCAAAUCAUUCUUCAAAAGCAUAAUAAUAUACUUUUUAAAAAGUGGGGAAAUAAAAAGCAACAAAAAAGUAUUUAUACAGUGAAAAGACCUGUACAAGUCUCUUCUUCUACGGAACCACCUUCGUCUUCUUGGACUUAUGCUAGGUCGGGUGUCGAUAUUGAUUUGGAGUCUUCAAGUGUUGGAGCUUUGAUCAGUCGUUUUAAAAGUGCUACGAAUGGAAAGGAUCCCCGUCAAGAUAGGAAAUACGGACGUUUAACCAGUAAAAGUGGUCAGUUUGCUGGUUUGAUAGAAUUUGGAGACAAGUUAUUGGCACUAACAACCGAUGGCGUUGGAAGUAAAUUGUCCAUUGCUGCAGAACUUGACUAUUAUGAUACAGUUGCCAUAGAUUGUGUCGCAAUGAACGUGAACGAUUUGCUUUGUGUUGGUGCAGAACCCAUUGCGUUUGUAGAUUAUAUAGCUGUACCCAAAGCUAAUCCAGAAACUUGGGCUUCUUUAGGAAAUUCAUUAGCAGUUGCUUGUAUGAAGGGAAGAGUCAGUCUUUGUGGAGGUGAAACAGCAACGCUUCCUGAUCUUGUAAAAGAAUUGGAUAUGAGUGGUACAGCUCUGGGUUGGGUUCCAAAGGAUCUUCAAAUCACGGGUGAUGAUUGUGCUCCCGGAGACUGGAUACUUGGUUUCCCUUCGACAGGUUUCCAUUCCAACGGAUAUUCUCUUGUUCGUUCCAUCAUAAGAGAUAAAAAUGUGACUCUUGGUGAACAUAUUGAUAUGAAUGUGGCCAACGAUGAAUUUUCUCAUAUUGAACGCUUUGAAACGACCAAAGAUGAAAAGCCAACAGUUGGAGAAGUUUUGUUGAAUCCAACCCAAAUUUAUGUUGACCCAAUUGUAGAAUUAUUUGAAAGUUGCCAGCGAACGCAGAAUCCAUGUAAUUUUUCUAGUAUCCAUGGAGCAGUUCAUAUAACUGGAGGUGGCCUAACUAACUUUUUAAGGUUGCAACCAGGCAAAAUAGGAUUCGAAAUAAUCGAUCCUUUACCUGUUUUACCUGAAUUUCGAUGGUUGCAGCAGUUAGGAACUGUUUCCAAUCACGAAAUGUAUCGUACAUUCAAUAUGGGAAUGGGUUUUGCUCUCAUUGUCGAGCCUCAGGCAGCCAGUCGUAUUCAAGAGUGGUUACAACAACACAAGUGCGUCUGUAAAACUGUUGGAUUAGUAACAAGUUCUGGUAAAAUGAUACAUCGAGAUGCGAAUGUUUCCUAUGAAAGAUAUUAACCAAUGUUUGCAGUUAUAAUUUCCGAUAUAUCAAGUAGCUUGUUCUUCCGAUUGUACGAUAAAUUCGGUCGUUUCUGGAU